UCUGCGGUGGAGUUCCAGGUUGGGCUGAAGGGGGCGAGUUUGAUGCUGAGGCGGUGUGAGAGAAGUUCAUAUUUUCCCUCCUCAGUCGGACAGGGAGAGAGAGACCCGCCGCUGCCCUCCUUCCCCCGUUCCCUCAGUCAGCGAAGUCUUUGGCGGUCUUUCAGUUGCCAAGAGCCUCCUUCUGUUCCUCCGCCUUACUUGUGGUGGGAUCGAGGCUGGGAGACAGUGACUUGUCCAAGGCGCGCAGGGAGUUGUGUGGCAGAGACUGACCCUUAUGCCUGAUCACACCGAUGUCAGCCUCCCCCCAGAGGACCGAGUCAGGGGUCUUAUCCAGAUGGGGAGUUGUGUGGAGGUGAAUGAAGAUGUCCCACCACGGAGGUACUACCGUUCUGGGAUUGAAAUGAUCCGAAUGGCAACUAUCUAUUCUGAGGAAGGCAACGUUGAAAAUGCCUUUAUAUUGUACAACAAAUACAUCACGCUUUUCAUAGAGAAACUCCCAAAGCAUCGUGAUUACAAAACUGCUGUCAUCCCAGAGAAAAAAGACACAGUAAAAAAACUGAAAGAAGUUGUGUUUCCUAGAGCUGAGGAGCUGAAGAAGGAGCUUUUAGAAAAAUAUAACAAAGAAUAUGCAGAAUACAAUGUGCGGAAGAAAAAGCAGGAAGAGGAGUUUGCAUGUAACUUGGCUCUGCAGCAGCAGCUGAAUGAGGAACGGCAAAGAGUGGCCCUGAUGAAGCAGCAACAGGCAGAACAGGAGCAGUUUCAUGCCUUUGAGGAGAUGAUCCGGCGCCAAGAGCUGGAGAAAGAGCGUCUGAAAAUUGUGCAGCAGUUUGGAAAGUUGGAGCCAGGCCCAGACUCCUUGGAGGGCCCUUUGAUACCUGGUGUGGUCAGGCCCCCAACUGAUGCAAAGACUCCAUGCCCGCCUGUACACCCUUCAAGCCCUGGUGGAGGAGCUGUGCUGCCAAAGCCCCCCAUUGUGGACAGGUCUUUGAAACCUGGAGCUUUGGGGAGUCCAGAGAACAAUGCAACUAUAGAAGGACUUCGCCACAUUAUCAUUCCCAGGGACCUCUGCCACAAGUUUCUCCAGCUGGCGGACGCAAACACUGCACGGGGUGUGGAAACCUGUGGGAUCCUUUGUGGGAAGCUGAUGAGGAAUGAAUUCACAAUAACCCACGUCAUUAUUCCCAAGCAAUAUGGGGGCCCUGACUAUUGCAACACUGAGAACGAAGAAGAGCUCUUCCUGAUCCAAGAUCAGUAUGGCCUUAUCACUCUGGGAUGGAUCCAUACUCAUCCUACCCAAACCGCUUUCCUGUCCAGUGUGGAUCUGCAUACACAUUGCUCCUAUCAAAUGAUGAUGCCCGAGUCCAUAGCAAUUGUUUGUUCUCCAAAAUACCAAGAAACAGGAUUCUUUAGAUUGACAGACCACGGCAUGCAAGAGAUAUCUUCCUGUAGACAAAAAGGAUUCCACCCCCAUAGCAAAGAUCCACCUCUCUUUACUACCUGCAACCAUGUGACUGUCAUGGAGCGGGAAGUGACAGUGCUGGACCUUCGAUAAAGCAGAUGCUUUGUCACCUGUUCACUGUCAUCCAAGAUAACUUAUGGAAGUUUUUCCUCCAGUAACUUAUGAUCCCCUCUAUGCAGUGAUUCCCAGUACUUGUAAUACCAGCUGUUAAUACAACAGGAAUUUUGCAGUCUCUUUGAUCUCACACAGUUGCUAAAUGUGGGGGUUGGAGGGGAGUAAUGAACUCAGAAUUCAUUCUUAAAUUGAAACUAACAUUAAACUUGAUUUAACCAGUGUCUGGUUGCUCACCAAUCAGGCUUCCACUCCAGCAUAUUGCAAAGCAAAAAGGCAGAAUCUAGCAAACA